AUGCAAAUGCCGUUCUGCCCCAAGCUGUGGGAUCGGAGCCCGGUCCCGCCGGCCAACGCCAUCGCCGUCAAUGGCACGGUGGUCGUCGCCAACACCUUCGGCCUCUCCGCGCCCGGCAAGUCCACCACCCUGCGCCUCUUCAGCGGCACCCAAAUCGACCACGAGACGGGGAAGGGGAUGCUGAGCCCGGAGGCCCCGCUGAGGGGCGGCAAGAAGAGCAAGCACGGGAAGACGAGCACGACGACGUACCAUGUGACGUUCGUGGUGGACGCCGACUUCGGCACGCCGGGGGCCGUGUCCGUCCGGAACGGGAACCGCGCCGACCGCUUCUUCCUCCGCCACGUGCGGCUGGAGCUCGCCGAGGACCGGAGCAUCCACUUCGAGUGCAACUCCUGGGUGUACCCAUACAAGAAGACCGCCUCCGACCGCCUCUUCUUCGUCAACACGGUCAGAAGCUACCUGCCUUCCAAGACGCCGGAGGCGCUGGUGCUGCUGCGUGACGAGGAGCUGAGGAGCCUGCGAGGGGACGGCAAGGGAGAGCGCAAGGACUGGGAGCGCAUCUACGACUACGACCGCUACAACGACCUCGGCAACCCCGACAACCCGGAGCACGUCCGCCCGGUCGUCGGCGGCACCAGGACGCACCCCUACCCGCGCCGCUGCCGGACAGGCCGUGCCAUCAGCAACACCGACGGCGUGACGGAGACGCGCAAGCACGUGAUCAACCUGGACUUCUACAUCCCGCCGGACGAGCGGUUCAGCCCGGGGAAGCUGGCGGAGGUGCUGAAGCUGGGGGUGCAGGCGGUGACGCACUUCGUGAUCCCGGAGGCGAGGACGCUGGUCCACGGCAACGACUUCAAGUCCAUGGAGCAGCUGAGGAAGGACCUGUACAGCAGGCCCGUGCAGCCGGCGGUGGACGGCGAGGUCAUGGAGAAGCUCAAGUCCUCCGUGCCGUCCCACAAGACCUACAAGCAGGUGGCCAAGGCCGUCAAGGAGGAGCACCCCGCCAGGUUCCCCAUCCCGCAAGUCAUCCAGCAGGAUCCUGAGGCGUGGAGGAGCGACGAGGAGUUCGCAAGGGAAAUGCUCGCCGGGCUCAACCCUGUCGCCAUCAAGAGAUUACAAACGUUUCCGCCGGUGAGCAGUGGCGGGAAGAAGAGCUCGAUAACCGCCGAGCACAUCAAGAGCCAGCUUGGAGAUGUCACCAUUGAAAUGGCAAUGCAUCAGAAGAGGCUGUACAUCCUGGACCACCAUGACUACCUGAUGCCGUACCUGAGGCGCAUAAACACGCUGGGCGUGUGCAUCUACGCGUCGCGCACGCUGCUGUUCCUCAAGGCCGACGGGACCCUCAAGCCGGUCGUCAUCGAGCUGAGCCUGCCCAGCGACGGCGAGGGCGACACCGAGCUGAGCCGGGUCUUCCUCCCCGCGACCCACGGCACCGAGGGCCACCUGUGGCAGCUCGCCAAGGCCCACGUCUCCGUCAACGACUCGGGGUACCAUCAGCUCAUCAGCCACUGGCUGUUCACGCACGCGGCGGUGGAGCCGUUCAUCAUCGCGACCAGGAGGCAGCUGAGCGCCAUGCACCCCAUCCACAAGCUCCUGGAGCCGCACUUCAAGGACACCAUGCAGAUCAACACGCUGGCCAGGAGCAUACUGCUCAACGCCGGCGGCAUCCUGGAGCGGACCAUGUACCCGGGGAAGUACGCCGUGGAGAUGUCCUCCGCCAUCUACGGCGACUGGAGGUUCACCGAGCAGUCCCUGCCAAACGACCUCCUCAAGCGGGGGGUGGCCUCCAGCUCCGAUGAGCCCGGCGGCCUGACCCUGCACAUCGAGGACUACCCGUACGCCGUCGACGGGCUCGAGGUGUGGCACGCCAUCGACGGGUGGGUGCGCAGCUACUGCGCCCACUUCUACCACAGCGACAAGGAGGUGGACGGCGACGCGGAGCUGCAGGCGUGGUGGCACGACGUGCGCACCGUCGGCCACGGCGACCGGCAGGGCGACCAGGCGUGCUGGCUGGCGCUGGACACCGUCGACCACCUCGCCCAGACGCUGUCGACGCUCGUCUGGAUCGCCUCCGCGCUGCACGCGGCCGUCAACUUCGGGCAGUACGCCUACGCGGGGUUCCCCCCGAACCGGCCCACGCGGUGCCGCCGGUUCGUGCCGCUGCCGGGGUCGCCGGAGAUGACGCAGCUGGAGGCCGACCCGGAGAAGUUCUUCCUGGAGAUGGUGCCCGACAGGUUCACCGCCACGCUGGGGCUGGCGCUCAUCGAGGUGCUGUCCAACCACACCUCCGACGAAGUCUACCUCGGGCAGCGCGCCACGUCCACGUGGACGGACGACGGCCAGCUGCUGCACCUGCUGGACGGGUUCCGGGAGGACCUCCGGCGGGUGGAGAGGCGGGUGGAGGAGAGGAACAAGGACCCGCGGCUCAAGAACCGGAGGGGGCCGGUCAAGGUGCCGUACACGCUCUUGUUCCCGGACGUGGCCGGCCAGGAGAAGGGGCUCACGGGGAAAGGGAUACCCAACAGCGUCUCCAUAUGA